GGGGGCCCAUGUAAGCACCUACAGCACUAGGUCCAGUUGGCCAGGUUCAUGGAAAGCACCUCCAAGCCUACAGACGAUCACCCUGCACCAUAUUCACGACACUUUCAAACACACUGCGCGAAAGUGCUCAAACUUGAAAGUCGAUAGGUUGUAUUUGAGACAUAAAUUCUAUUCCGUUCCGUGCCCAGAGAAUAGUUAACUGUGGAGAGAAGGUGGAGUUCAGCAGUUUGACUUACUAACAGCAUCGCAGAGAAGAUAGUGGUCUGACAAGUCAAUGAGAGGCUGCGGAGAUGGACGCCUUCAUCCACGCUGAUUUUUAUCCCGUGUCUGAGGAAGUCUGGAGAGGGAAAAUUGCACCAACGUGCAGCAUGUUUACAUUCAUUGUCGUACAGCCAAAUCCCAAAUAGGUGGUCGGUUGUGUUCGCAAUGUGCUUUCCAGCAGUUCCUUUUAAUCGAGAUCAGUCCGAAUUUGAGAGUUCUCCAACAGGUUCGGACCGCACAACUGUCAGCGGUAGACAGAUCAGUAGAUCUGGGCCUACCCCUACCUUCCCUUCUCGUCUGGAGUUAGUGGUUUCCAUUUGACCACAUUCUUCCGCAUUUUGUAGUUGGAUUUGUCUCUGCGUUGACAAGUACCUGUACUGAACCCAAUCCACAGCGUUGGACAAUUCGUCGCAGUAUAUAUCUUCCACCACAUUGCGUGCAAUCUACUACGUACCACAACAACAUCGAUCCACCAGAUCACGAAUUGCUGGUAGCUGCUGCAGCGCUGCAUGCAAUAUCAAAGGAACCCGAGAAAAGUUGCUGGGCCAGCAGGAUCCACGAUGGGACGGGGAGAAUCCAAGGAGCAGACUGAAAUGCUGCUGCUACUGCUGCUCGUACUGCAGGCUCUGGUGAUGGCAUCCGAAUUGCCGAGGGCCAGUGCCGUAGAGACCGUGGUAGGUACGCCAUUCAUAACAGCGAGCACGUCCGAGUUCGGCUUGGGAAUCGAAGGGCUGGCAGUGGAUCAGCAGGGCAAUGUGUACGCAGUGGGGUUCAGUGGAGACGGGACGUCCGGCAUCGGGUCCGUGGCGAACUCGACAGGGGAGGUCAUGCAGAAGCUUUUGACGAAGGACCAGACAGGCUCAUCGUCCUUCAAUGGGCUCAGAUUCUUACCUGCUUCGCCCAAUCUGCCGACCUUCGACCUCAGGGCGCUGGCGGCCGACGUGAAGCAUAACUCCGUGGUGCUGCUGUUGCGGUCGAAGCGAGACCACAGAACCCGAGGCAGUACAUUCUGCAAGAGCAAUGACGCCAGCAGGCCGAUGAUCCAGCCGAACGACGUCGCUGUGGCUCCUGGAUCGGGCCGAAUUUACAUGAGCGGCGGAGCCUACGGCAAAGUGAACACCGUCGUCGGCGACGGGGAUCUGUGGAUGUGUCAAGCGAAAUCUGCCUUCACUGAGACGGCCGUGGACGAUCUGGGCGAGCUCAAUGCCACGUUUCUGGGUCACUUCGGGCUCACGAACGGGAUCGAGGUGUCUCCGGAUGAGAAAACUCUCUACCUGACUGAGUCCUUCCAUGUGGCGGCCGAGCCGUACUCGAACGUCAUCUGGAAGUUCGACAUUGGUGCAGACGGCGGCGUCCUCAACCGACAGCUCUUCGUCAAUUUCACUCAGCUCGACGACUCCGGCUGGAUCGACCUCGAUGGCAUUCGCACCGAUGCCGAGGGAAGUCUAUUCGUGACCCGAAAUGGUAUGUUCGGGCAAGCCGACAAGUUCCAUCCCAACGGAACGCAUUUGUUAACUAUCCAGCUGCCGACGAUCUUUGAGACGACGAAUCUGGAAUUUGGAGGACCCGAAGGCAAGACCUUGUACAUGAGUGGCAAGUGUAGAGACGAUCCUGAUAGGGGCUGUGUCGAGGUUUGGAACAGCACGGUGCCCGGCCGUGCUUGGAGCGAGCUCAGAAUUAGCAGCGCAGCUUCUCCGCCCUCGUAGACAUUGCGUUCGUCAUCUCCCUCUUGGACAAGCUCCCUGACUUCGUUGAUCAUGGACUGAAUUGGAACAGCCAGCAGGCAAAUCUAACUAACGCACAGCAGGAAGUGGCAGGCCCAAUCCAAUUGAUCAAUCACCAAGUUCUGUGAAACAACACAGGCUCUCUCCAGAGUAUGAGCGAGCUGUCCUGUGGUUAGAAAAUCUCGAGCGUUCGCCACUGAACAGAGAGAGUCAGUCCGAGGUGGGCUGUGUCUGCCAGAAUCCAAAGCUCGGCAAUGUCCAGAAGCUAUACCUCCUUUACGACCGACGAUAAUGAACAAUUUGAUUAUACAGGGGAAUUCGGAGAGUCUGACAGAUGUCGAUUACAUCCCGCUAUCGAAUGAUGAAGGGGUCGGCCUGUAAGUGGACUGACAUUCAGAUUGACGUGGAACUUAGCUUGAUUAGUUUUUCAAUUUAGACAGCCCGUGGAGAGGAACUGGUUGAGAAGAAACCGCAGGUGCCACAGAGCUGUGAACGCCUGUUGGGCUCCAGUCAGUUGUGGAGGUCAGCGAAAUUCUGAUGGUCCUAGAUCAGUAAUAUGUCAGUCAUCUGCUCAGUUUUGUGAACCUUUCGGGAGACGUACGGGCAUUCACCCUUUGGGCUCCACUAGACCGCAGCUUAGGGGCACGAGCGUGUCUAGGAGACCGGUACAAUGAUGAGGUUAGCUGCUAUGUAAAAUAC